AUUCACGAUUCGCGUGUGUGUCAGUAACGUUUACUGUUUUUCGUUAUUUCUGUUUUGAAGCGAAACAAACGCACAUUUCAAAUCAAAAACGUUGAAAUUACCGUUGAUAUCAAAAAAACAAACACAAAUUUUUCUGUUUGGUUUUUUGAUCGACGAUUUUUUAUUUAUUUAUUUAUUUUUUUUUUUUUUUGCAAAUUGCUUGUCGUCUUUACGUUCGAUUUUAUUGUUGGUGCGAAAGGAAUGCAACAUACAGAAAAAUAGUUACGCGAAAAAAAAGUUUAGCAUAGACGAGAGAGAAGAAGAAGUUUUGAAGAGAGGAAGGAAGAGCGGCGAGAACGCGUGAAUUGGGUAGAGAAAGAGAGUGAACUUACACAGACUGGAGCACAACAGACACACAGUGACGAAAUAUAGUUCGGUACGGUGGAUAAAAUAAAGACAAUAAUGCUGCAACCAAGAAUAUUGGUUGGCAGUCAUCGAACCGAUCAACAGCAACACACUACGAAAAUCAAUCGGCGAAUUUAUAAAAAGACUUCAAAAAUGUGCGAACAAAGCGAACACUUAACAACAACAACAACAACAACAAAAACACAGAGCACCGCAACAAAUCCGGGCGAAUGUGGCAUCAACAUUAAACGAAGGCAAACGACACACAGAUCAGCUCGACUCUUGUCACCAGCUCUAAAUAUCACGUCGUUGUCGUCGUCGUUGUCACUACACAACUUAGCCACAUUUCUAAUAUUAGCAAUUACAUUAUACAGCACUACAAUAUGUAUGGCCCAAUUAUCCGAACACAACAAAGACCUUCAGCCAACGCCAUCACUUGACUCAAAUAAAGCAGAUAUAACAACAAUAUUGUUAGUGGAUAAUAAUAAUCGGGCGGCACAUGGACGUUUUCUCAACGUAAAACCGGAAGUUGGUCUGCUCACAUCAACCGCACGCACGUUCAUCCAAGACGGCGUGACAACUGAAUAUGUGACCCAAGUACUUGGUAAAACUAUUGACAAUGGACGACUGUACGCACAAUUAUUGACGAAAAGCUCACGCGUCGUGUACAGUAACAGUAAUAACAAUGAGAUUGACGCAUCUGCCGCUGCAACGGCCACAUCAACGAUUGCAUUCAAUCAAAUUGUGCCGACCCAAGUGGUUGGUGCCGUUAAAUACGCAGACAAUACAUUGACCAUUGGAACCAACGACGACAACGACAAACAACAACAACAACAACAACAAACGACCAAUACGAAAAAAACGGACGAUGACAAUUUGGUGACUUUUAUCAAAAAUACCGAUUAUAUAUCGCCAAAUAAUCCGAGCAAAGUGUACAAUGUUCAUACGGUUGCGGUAAAUUCGGUGAAUUUUGGGUCUGGCGAAGAUAUUGAAUUUGAAUUGUUACCGCAAAGUGCGGCACAAGUGCGUAUUGUGCCGGUCGAAGAAAAGGCCGAAGUUCGGCAAUCGUUUAGUGUUUCAGAGAGUAGCAGUAGCAGUAGCACUGGCAACGGUGGAAGUGCAAAAAAUGUUGAGCUUAAGAUACAACUUAGUCCCGAAAAAGUGAAAUCAAAUGUGGAAUUGCCAACAUUCACCAUCCCAAGUGGUUAUUCAUUUGAGGGUAUUGAUUCGUAUACAAGUUCCGAAAAUACAGCGGAUAGCAGCGAAGAACGUGAUGGAUUCUCUGGUAGUCCACAAGCAGUUGAUGUACAACAAAAUCGUGUUGGCAAACAAUUGACAUCGAUUAGUAUUCCAAUCGCCGGUUUCUCCGAAGAAGAAAAGCAAUUGCAGUCGGUGACAUAUUAUGGAUUUGCCGAUUUUACCACCAUUGUUGGCAACACUGUUAUUGUUUUCUCGCCAAAUACUGCACCUCCCAGCACCGGCAAAGUGACUUCGAUUAAAGGAGAAGCUACGCUUCGUGCACGUGUCGAAGCCACACCAACCGUUAAACAACAUCAAAGCAUUGCCCAAACGAAACUUUUGACUUUGAAUGCUAUCGAAGAUCAUAAUCGCAAGAGUAAGGCUGAAACAACAACUACUACAACGACAACGACAACUACAACGGAAGCAACCACCACCACCACUGAAUCGCAAGAAGAUGAAGAUGAAGACGAAGAUGUUCAAACAGUAAAGAUACCAGUAUCAAUUGAUAUCAGUACCGAAACGGCGGAGGAACAAAGUGUCGAAGAAUUAGAACAAAAAUCAUUGAUUUUGGCCAAGGAACAAAAUUCACUCAAAUACAAACUGUCACCAAGUGUGAUCGAAGCAAGCGAAGUGCAAGUGUCAACUGAAGAAGUGGCUCAAACACCAAGUGUUCAAAUUGUUGCCGCUACAACCGCUAGCAAGGCUCCAGUUAUGCUUUCGAUUCCAUCCGAUGAAGAUAUCGCUAAAAUAUUCGCUUCGUUGGCAGCCCAAGAUAAAUCAUCGGAAAGCAGUAGUCAAGAGGUUGCACACGAACAACCCGCUGAAACUCUGACCGGAGCCACGACCAUUUUCUUCGAAGACGAUCCAUUCUUACUAAUUUCAUCGACGCAAGACAUUAAACCGAGCACAAUUGUUGUGUCGGCAGUCAGUGAAUCGGCCGAAACAACCACUGAAAAUGAUGUAAAUGUACUGACCACAACGGAAGAUUUACCAGAACCAACCACAACCGCACCAAUUCAAACCACCAAAAGCGAAAGUGAAGAAGAAACCGACGAUGAGGAAAGAGAAAAACUUGAAUCCACCACCACCGACUCGGCCGAGCAAUCGGAGGAAAAGCCGGAAUGUGGCAUUGGAUACACAUUGAAACCAUCGACUGUUUAUAAAACGUUGACAUAUUUGACGACAUUCUUCAUUCCGGAUGAUGAUGACGAUGAGUCAACCACAACUUCGGUUCAAUCGAAUGAAGUUGUCGAAACCGAUGUCGCGUGGGAAUGCACAAAAGCCGUGAAAGAAGAAAUCAAACCGACAACCGUUCAAUCGGUUGAAAAGACAAAAACAAUUGAACCACCGAUCAGGCUUAGCGUUAAGGAGCGAAAUAAGUUGUUCAAUCGUUUUAGGGACAACUAUCCAGCUCAAACCACAACUACCGAGGAAGCACCAACAACCACCGAAAAUGCGAGCGAAGCUGAACAAAUCGAUGAAAACGGUGGAAAUGUUGCGACCACAGAAAAUGUUGAAGGCAACACCAUUGAAGCGGUCACAUCGUCAGUAUCGUCUUCAACCACCACCGAAUCGACAAAUGACUCGGAAGAAGAAGAAAUUGAACUCAUCUACAAAACACUCUUUACAACGUACACAUAUUUGACCACUUUCUUCCAUGGAUACACGAGCAGUGUUUCGAGUCGCAAGGAAGUCGUUACCAAUAUCGUGACAUCAACUUUGGAUAUGUCAAUGAUCAAGUCCGAUGCAGCAUUGGCCGAUUUGGUUGCCAGCAUGUCUGAUAAAACAGAACGCAUUGAACCAACGAAGACGGUUGGCGAUGGAGCAAAGACAACGGCCAGUGCACGCAAAGAGCAACCCAUUAGCAUUGAAGAUGUUUUCGAUGACAGUGUGGUUGAAAGUUUGAAUCAAGCCACACCGAUUCUGAGCGAUUCGGCCAUUGAAGCCUCAAAAGUCGAAGGCUCACUGAAGACAUUCUACACCACGUACACUUAUUAUACGACAAUCUUUGCGGAUGGUGAAACGGAAAUCGCGUCCAGAACAGAAGUGUACACGAAUUUCGUUGGACAAUCAGUGAAACCGACGAAAUUGAUUGAAGAGGAUAGACUUUUCUCAACGAAACUGGUGGCCAAUGAAAAAUUGAACGAAGUUGACGAACAAAAAGAAGACCAAAGCACUGAAGCAUCGGAAGAAGAGGAAAAUGAUUUGGAUAAUCAUGUGAUUCAGCCAAGCUACAGCACAAUGGUUCGAUCGUUGAAAAGCUCUGGCAAAUCGGAGGCAGUUACAACUACACAAACUAACGACAGUGAAAAUGGCAAUACAACCACUGAACCAUCGCGCGAAAAACAUGACAAAGACGAAGAUAUCGUAGAUGAAGAGGCCGAAGAAACCACAAUUGCUGUUAGUAAAUACAAUUCGACGGGCAAAACGAUCAAAAUCCCCGAUACAAAACGAGUGGUCGAAAGUAUUCGCAAGCAAUUGAACAAUAUUUUGGAGGAUCAAAUCAGUUCGGAAAGUCAAAAUGAAGAGAUUUUGCCAUCAUCCACACUGCUGUUGCAAACAAGCUACACAACAUUCACAUACUUUACCACUUCGUAUGCCGGUGAUACAAGUCAAAUUCUAUCGCGAUUGGAAACAAUUACAAAUGUGGUCACCGAAACGCUUCAACCGACUCAAACGAUCAUAAUUCCACCGGCUGCACUUGCCGAUGAACCAGUAUUGCCAACGACAUAUUUCACCACAUUCACCUACUGGACGACACUAUUCAAAGAAGGCGAAGUGCUUACCACAUCAAAUACAAAGAUUGUUUCGAAUGUUGUGUCACCAACUGCUUCAACAUUGGCCAUCGAAGAAAUAUUCCCCACGGCACGUGUGAAACCCAAUGUAGAUGCACCACCAACAAUUGUUGUUGCUGCCCCAUCACCAUCAAUUGUUGAAGCUUCGCCCAUUGAAAGUGAUACAGAGACGGAAACCAAGAAAAUUCAAGCUAAAAAUGUGGUCGAAGCUUCGGUUGUGAUACCAACACCCGUACAAGAGCCAACGACUUAUUUCACAACAUACACAUACUACACCACAUCAUAUGUUGGCGACGAUACCAUUCUCAAUAGUCGCUUCGAAACGGUUACAAAUGUUGUUACUCCAACGCUUGAAUCGACAGCUAUGAUAACACCAGUUGGCCGUGCCAUCAAUUUGGAUAAUGUGAAUUUGAAUCAAAUUUCCGAUGGAAAGAGCGAAAAGAAAUUGACAAAAGAAAAAUUGUCCGAACGACCGGAAAGACCAAAGGAAAGUGUUGUAUCGAUUAAUGCCGGUAAAAUUGUGGAUGCUGAAGGUAUUUCCACCAUUUUCUAUACAACAAAAGCCAUUGGCACCUACGUCGAUGAUAUGUACACUCAAACCACCGAAAAGACUUCGUCGGUUCGGGUUGAUGAAGCCAAAAAGAGUUCAAUUUUGGAGGCAACACCAAAUUACGCCGAUAACAAGCACAAAACGGGCCUGGUUCGUUUGAUUAAUGGCAAAAUUGUGGCCAAUCAAACGACAACUUUGUAUCAAUCGAAAGUGAUCGGAACGAUUAUCGACAAUCGUUAUGCCCAAAUCAUCGAAAGUACAUCAAGUUAUAUUAUUGAUAAGACACAAGUAGCCAGCAUCGCACCAACCGCCACCACCACAUCCAUUAAGCCAACGGAAACAGUGAUUAGUCCAACACCGGCUGCCGUUGAAAGUUCAUUGAGUGAUUCGCACACCGAUGCCGGUCAAACGGAAGGCGAAGAGGAUGAAAAUGAUGAACAAGGUGAAGAAGAAGAAGAAGAAGUCGAUGAAAAUGGACGCAAAAAAUCUCGAUUAACAUUUGCCACAAAGAAAAAGACAUUUACACCGGUCAUUCGGCCAUUCGCUUCAAGAAAUCGUCCAACAUUUGCACCGAAACGAAAGAAUUUACUUGCCAGCAGUGCAACAAUCAUCACACAAAGUGACUUUACGCCAACGAUUCGUGCCACGCCAGCAAUUGGUAAGCAAGAAACAACAAGCACACGACGAUUUAGUGGUGGUGCACGGCGAACAAGCAACGCUCCGUUCAUACCAGGUGUAUCGUCCACUGCAUCAGCAGCAUCUGCAAGUGGAUCGAAACGAUUUUCACGCUUGAGAACGAGUUCGGUGAGCCCAAGUGGACCAUCAUCGGCUGUACCAAGCGGAAGUGCACGCGCCAUUCGUCCAUCAUCCGUUCGACCAUCUUCGCAAACGUCGGGCGUGCUGGGUAGCUCCCGAAGAGUCGGAAAUUUAUUCCGAUCAAGCGCAUUGCCCGGAAAUCGGUUGAGCAUUUCGCCAAGUUCAGUGCGAUUCCGUACGAAUCCAACACUAUCGCCAUCAUUGCGUGAUGCCACCACAACAAAGGCACCCGAACAAGAAGAAGCAACCACCGAGCCCAUUGAAUCGAAUCCAGAAGAAGCGGAAGUUGAUGAGGACAAAGAGGAUGAAGAAGUAGUAAGCACAACUACGGAAAAUGCACGUCGCAAUCAAAAUCCAUUGUUGCGAUUCCGUAGACCGUUAACAUCGGGAGCGAGUCGUUUCCAACCGACUAGCACGCCACGUGCGGCUCAAGUCUCUGUUUCUACUCGAAAAUCACCCUUGCAACGAGCACGAGCCACUCAAACAACAACCACAACGAGUACAACACCCAAGCCAAAACAACGAUCAUUCCAGAAACCAGCCGGUUUGGCCACGCUCACCAAUCGACCACGCACCUCGUCCAAUGGAUUGUUUCCACCACGUUCGCUGUUCAAGACCACCACUGAAGCGAACCAAGAGGAAAUCAACGACGUAGCCAACGAAGCAAAUAACGAAGAACAAGCCAAUGAGGAGGAGAAUGGUGAAAUUGUCGAGGGUGCCGAAGAUACGGUCGAUCCAGAGUAUGACGGUCGUAAUAGACGUGAUAACAAAGUCGCAUUCACUCCACAAUUCGCUUUGAGGAGUCGCAAACGAACAAAGCGUCAAAUUGACUAUGGAACCCGGACUCUUUCACGUUAUCGUCAACCAGCAACGCGCAGUGCACCGCAACCACAAAUUGCAGCUCGCGCUAGCAAUGAUGAUGUCUACUAUGAUGAUGUUGAAGUACCAACACAACGACCAAAAACCCAAAACACACGUUACACAUCCAGAUAUCGGCCGACAAACAACGCCGAUGCACAUGAAUUUCUACAAAAUGUAAAUACCCAAUCGUCGAAUGCAAACUCACGAAUUCGUCCAACAAAAACGGCGGCCAAACCAAGUCGAGCUCAAUUCACAUUGCGCAGCGGCAGUGAAAAGGAAGUUUCAAACAAUCAUGCACCGGCAAUUAGUCGAUCAUCGAAUUUUCGCCGUACACAAAACAUAGGCGCUAAUUCGAAUGGAUAUGUGCCACAAUCAUCGGCCCGACGAAAGCCAUUGCCAACAUCCUCAUCGCGAGCAAAAACACCGAGAUUGAGAAAUUACGGCAAUAGCUAUACGAGUGAUUCGCGCAGCGGACGUGGACGAACGACUGGUACAUCAAAUGCUCGAACACCAUCACGUGGAUCGACUCGUACCCGCGGUAGAGUUGCUAACGAUGCAAUCGACUAUGAGUAUAUUCCAAACUUUGACGGAACAAUCACUGUAACUCAUCACAUUCCAACUGAAGUGACCAUUCCCGUUGUUAAUGGCGGGAAUACGGACUAUAAAAACGUUAUCACCGAUAAAGUGAGCAUCGAAGUACUUGGACCACAACAAUACAGCACCACAGCACGUGCUCACAACGGGCUUACAUUGGUUUUGAGCAGCGAAGCAACAAAUAUCGUCAAAGGAGCCACUGAAAUCACGCAAUUCUUCUUGAAAGAAACACCAACGACAUCAGUUACCUUUACGCCAACGCAAAUUAACCGCCGCAAAACAUCAUACUCACACAUUAUACCAAGCACCGUGUACAAUGUUGAACCGGUCGUUUCGACCAUUCAACCACAAAUUUCGGCCGAUGCACCACUUGCCAAUAUUUUGCUGUCACAACUUUUGCUUGGCAAUCUGGGCGGUGCACAGCAGCUUUUACCGCAACAGCAACUCUUGGGAUUGGGCGGACAAUUGCCAUUCAAUCCAAUUCAAACGACCCAAUUGGCUCCAGUUACCGAAUACAAGACACGAAGCACGACCUAUGUUACAACUUUAUCAAAUGCCGAACCAACCAUUCUAACGGUUACGUUCCGUGGUAAAGAAAUUAUGACCACCAUUUUCGAUGAUAAUGUUAAUGUGAUAACAGCUACGGAAUUCAUAACGGACACAAUUGUUACGACGCCAACGCAACAAACUGUGCAACCAACACAAAAUAUCAACAAUAUUCUGUUGCAACAGCUGUUGGCGCAGCAAAAUCAAAAUCCACUGUUGCAAUCGCAACAGCAAAAUCCAUUGAACAUUUUGAUGAUGAAUGCCGGCAAUGCGGCUGAUUUGGACAAAUCACAAAGCUUACUGCAAGAUUCAUUGUUGACGUUGGGCAAACAAACGCCACAAGAAUCGUUCGAUGACAAGAGAAACAAUAAAAAACUUGACAUUGACGAGCCGAUUGAAGAGGAUUAUCCCGACUUGGAAUCGUAUGAAAAUGAACAUCAUGAACAAAAAACGGAAAAACGACCACCGCCCGCAUUCCUUCAAAAUAAACUGAAGAAAUUGUCCAAACCAACACCACUUGAGACUAGCAUCAUCACAUUGUAUGUGAGUGGUCGCAAACCGGGUGAAUUCAGUACGGUAUUGUCAACGGUGAUCACAACACCCGAUGCAUUGCUUCAGAAACGAGCCAUUGACGAUCAGGUGAUUGUAAAAGCAUCACAGCUGCCUGAUUUCAAUGAUGUAUACAAUGCUGAAGGUAGUAACAUUGAUGAAAUUUAUUUGCCAGCCGCAUCGACCACCAACGAAUUGAAUUUGAUUGAGUCUAGUCAGAAUGGUGUUGAAUAUGGAUUGCCGGCCGAAACGCAAAGCCUUGAAAGUAUUCUAGGCGAUGUCAGCAACUAUGUGACGAAGUCUUUUUUAUUGGUCGUCACCAAUGCAGUCGAAGAGUCAGCAAGGGGCAACCAACAAGAAGAAGAAGAAGAAGUAGAAGAAGAAAACCAACCAGAAAAAUCGAAAGCAUCGCUGAACAGAAACAAACGCGACGCAUCCAAUGACGAUGAAUUGCCAGUAAAUCAAUUGAGUUCAGUGGCGCAACGACAACGCAAAAUUAAAAAAUUCAUUAGGAAAAUAGGAAACAAUCCAAAUAAUACUCUUAGUAGUGAAGCAAAUGAUAAAUUAAACCUUAAACGUAGUAGCAGUAAUAACGAAAAUACUCAAGAUGAAAUUAACAAUGAAUCGAGUGAGCAGAGUGCAGUCACUCCAGCAGCAGCUCAGAUUCGGCCGAGCAAACGACGAAUUAUCGUACCAAUUCGACGAACUCGAUUCACACCGUCACCAUCACCAACGUCGUCAACACCGUCGUCGCCGUCGCCGUCGCCACCACCACGAAAACAACAACCGGCAUCAUCGACCCAACCAACAUCAAACGAUUCAAGCAACGAAUCCAUCAACAAUCGACACACACUUUCAACGGAACAAAAGAAAAAAUUAUUCGUAAAACGUCGUCGCAUCACACCAAAGCCAUUUAUCGCACUUGAACCCUCCAUCAUCGAAGCAUCUUCAUCAUUAUUAUCAUCCCUGACGCCGUCAUUGAUUGUGGAAACUACUCCUGACAUUUCGAUUGAGUUUAAAACUCGCCUAAACACUGAACAACGAACAUUUACAUACCUUGUUACACGCGUACAUGACAAACAAUCGGAAACUAUUUCAUCGACAUUUUCCUCCUUUUCUCCUGCAAAUUGUUCGAAACCAUCAGCAUUAAGCUUGACUGCGAGUUUUGUGCGAAAUGAUUGGAAGGGUAUCAGAGCGGUGAGUCCAGCGUCAUCCAUAAUGUCGAUGUCGAUGUCAGCAACAAAUAGCCAUAAUCAAUCGCAUAAUUUAAGUCAUUAUCUGCACAAUAAUAAGCAAGAAAACUACCAAAGUCGCCAAAGAAAAGAUCGAUCUAGUCAGAAUCAUGAUCGGCGUCGUUUACAAAAUAAUUUAGGUGUUAGUGCAGAUAAGCAGACGGAUGAGGCGCGCUAUAAUUUAGCCACACGCAUCAUGUCGAAUGGUGUUGAGGUUAUUGUUGCUGGCGAUAAGACGACAUUGCCCGGUGGCCAUCCGAAUACACAUUUACGAAUUUUAACAACUACAACCGAUGCAUUUAAAAUGCCAUUAACACUGGCACCCAGCACACUCAAAGAUCAUAUGCUGUUGAUGCUACCGCAACAAACGAUGAACAAUGGUGCUGUCGGUGCUGUCGCUGUCGCCACGGAUCCCGACAAAAGUACACAGGUUUUGAAUGAAUUGCAAUCGUUUUACAAUAAAAAUCAAUUCGUCACCAAAACCUGUCUCACAACAUUCACAUAUUCGGCGACAUAUGUUGUGGAUGGCAGCACAAAAAUUGAAAGUCGCGAAAAAGUCAUCACAAACACGGCCACCGAGGAGCGAAACGCUUAUAAUAUUCGACCGACAAGCUCAUCCGGGAUUACAUUGACACAGACUCCAAAUCUUGCAACGGGUGUCUUCAAAACGACGUACACGUAUUUGAACACCGUUUUGGAUGGCGAACAGCCCGUUGUGUUGACAUCACAGCACACAGUUACAAACACAAUAACGGCGCCCGAGGAUUACUUAUCGAUUUUGCAACCAUCCGAACCGAGUGCAACACUAUUCGAAACGAACACUUACUAUAAUACGAUGGUAUUGACGAAAACGCUAACCGAUAAUGACAUUUCCAAGGUGAUCAGUACGACGGAUGUGGUGAAGCAAGUGGUGAUCACGGAGCUGUUGCCAUCAAAGAGUAUGUCAGUGAUGACAUCGUACAUUGCUAUUGAUGCUGAAGGAAAUGAGAGUCCAGCUGACAAAGCCGAUAUUCUAUCGUCACCCUUGCUAUCGGCCACUGAUGUUGUAAAAACGUUCUUCGUCACCUACACAUACUUCAAUACGUAUUUGAUCAACGGCAGCACAAUUGUGCGUACGAAUAUGUCAACGUCAUCCGUUGUGGCCACAGAAAAGCUUUACAUUUAUCCGACAAUAAAACGAAUGCCCGCACCACAAAUGACAACACGAAAUGCAUUACCCAUUCGCAUUGAGCCGCUCGACAAUAACAUUGGCCUCGAAGAUGAUUACAAAACCGAAUCCAACGAGCUCAUGAACAAUGAAUUAAGACAAACUGUCAACUUGUAUGCAACCAAAACAUUUGCCACGACAUUCACGUAUUUCACAACUCUGUUGCAAGGUCCGACCAGUAGUGAUGCAUCGAACGGGCCAUCAUCGGUUCGUGAUGAUUAUGACAAUGAACAUUUGUCGACGGUUGUCAAUUCGCAUACGCGUGUCGUUGAAAAUGUUGUCACCGAAUCGAUUCCAAUGAACUUUUUGCCAUCGACGGCCGUGCAUCGUCUGAAAUUGCUCUUUUUUGGCGACGAACAAAAUCAACCACAAAUGAAAAAUGAAUUCAAGUACACAACUUUAGCCACCUUGAUCGAUGGCCAAGCAAUUGAAAUAACAGCAAUAAAAAAUACCAUCGAUCCGAGUUCAAAAGUCAAAGAUGAUAUGCAAACGGCAAAUGUUUACGCAAAUUCACCAGCUCUGAGUAGUGAAGAGAGUAGCGAAGAGCAUUUGAUUGAAAUUGAUAACACAAAGAAUGACCUGGAAAAUGAUCAAGAGGCAGCUGGAAGUGAGAUUGAGCAACAUGAAACUAGUCCGGUAAACAAGAAUAAAGUCGAUUCGAGUCAAUUGCUUAAAAAUUCGACAAAAAUCAAAACACAAACCCAAUCACCAGUCAGCAAUUUGAUUGGAUCGAUCAAUUUCAAUGGUUUGAAAGUACUUCGUCCGAUGAUUGAUGCCGUUGCCGGUUUAAUCAAACCCAUGAUCAAUUGGAACAACGAUAGUAUUGCAAGUAAUACUCAAACAAUUACCGUGCAUCAUACAUCGCCGUAUCCAUUGUAUACGCCAGCUCGACCACACGGCGGAAGCCUACCACCAAUUCCGGAUUAUAUCGAAAAUUAUGCAGGCAAUCAAAGUGGCGUAACAGUGCCACAACCACCGGGUAACAUUGAACCAGCCAAAGGACACGCACGCAAUCCGAUUUACAUUCCAGUUAAUGGGAACAAGGAGAAUUUUGAAAAUAUUGAAAAUUUAACACCCGUCAACUUUCUGCCUCCCGAAAUUGUCGAUCACUCUGAAAGUAGCAACGAAAUCUUACACACAAAACCCAAUCCAAAUUUGAGCCAGAAUCCAAAUCAAAAGAAUAAAGUUCCAAUUCUUGAUGGCGGCAUUCCGAUUUCACCCGGUGACGUUAUUACAGCCAAUUCGGAUGUUAUUUUCGGACGACCAACUGGUAAUCGGCCAAGAAUUCCAUUGAAUAGAGAUACUCCAGUUUCAACGGUCAAAACGAUUGCAAACGGCAAUAUGUCACCGGAAUCGUUUAAUUCGGAUUCGCAUUCAAUUUCCUCGGUUCAUAGUGAAACGUAUAUUGGACCACCGCCACCAUUGCCGCAGAAAACAUUACCGCCAUUGCAACAAAAACCACCGCAUUUGGCCAAAGCAACACCACACUUUAAUAAAAUUCCCGUCUUCCGAAACAAACCAAUGUUCAUACAGAACAAGCCACAACACAUUCUGUCUGCUUUGCCACCACAUCAACUGAUCGGCAAUCAAGUGCAUCCGAGCGCAGGAUAUUCAAAUCAAGUGCAUCCAAAUCAGGGACCUCCAAUUCUGAAUCAAGGGCUACAUCCGAAUCAAGGACCACAUCCGAAUCAAGGACCACAUCCGAAUCAAGGGCACCCAAGCCAAGGACACCCGAAUCAAUUGCAUCAAAACCAAGUACAUCUGAACCAAGUGCACCCAAAUCAGGUGCAUCCAAACCAAGUGCACUUGAAUCGAAUCCGCGGCCAUCUUGGUCACAUCAACAAGGAUCAACCGCUAAAUCGUUUAGUUCAACAGCCGGUCCGACCGAAUUUGAUUCCUCUGAAUCAUGUGCUGCCAACACCGAAUAUUGGUGUGCAACCAAAUCAAAAUGAUAUGCAUAAAUAUGUGUUGAACAAUGUUGCCGGCGGUGUGAAUGAUAUUAUUGAAAUUCAGCGCAUUCCAGAAGUGUACAGUACGGAUUUGCCACCGGUUCACAUUUACCAUGCACCACAAGAAAUCGUCUCAUUCACAGCGGAAACGAUUGAGCCCACCAGAACAGCACAUCGACCACACGACAUUCAAACCAUUGAUCAAUUCCCAGAGGUCGUUGAAAGUGCCACUGGCCAACCGUUGUUUGUGAAUAUUCAACCAUCACAAAUUGCAAAGGUUGUGAUUCCACACGGUAGCUCAAGUGCUCUCAUUUUCGGCGGUGUGCAAGAGAUGCACAAGUCUGGCGAAUACUUUGACGAUCCAUCACCAUAUCCAAAUGCCAACGAUCAAGUGGUUAGCAUUCAUGCGCAGCCAUCGAUUGCUGUCACAAAUAAUGUGAACGCUCAAGUGCAAGACGUGAACAAUGUGCAAGUUGGUUCAAUUCCAGCUGUGGCCAAUCAAAAAGUGAACGUUGAUUCACACGUUUUGAGUCAAGAUGUUGAUAUGCAUGUACCGCCAAUUAUAUUCAGAAAUCAAGACACAAAUGACAUUCCAAUUACAUCGGGAACAAUUCCGAAUAAGAACGAACCAUAUCAGCAGCAACAGCAGCAUCGGCAACAACAAUAUAAGCAACAGCAACAGCAACAUCAACCUCAGCCUCAGCCACAGUACCAUUAUAACCAACACAUUCCAAAUGUGUUCAAUCGCAGUUAUCAGGAGCCAAAUCCAUAUCUUCAAAUUCCAGCAGGAAAUUUGAUUCGCGAUAAUAAUCGAUCACCGUUCGUAGUUGACAUUCAAAGCAUAAAUUUGGGUAUGGGCCAAGACGAUGCCGAUGCCGAUGCCGAUGCCAACAUUUCGGGUGAAGUGAACGAUGACAAUUUGCCGUUGCAUUCACAAGCACCAUCAAUAAACGAACAUUUCAAUAUCGAUCAGCACAAAGAUGAUGACUACGAAAAUGAGCACGGCGAAGUGAUUCAGGAAUCGAAUUCGGUGCCGCAGCUCGUGUCUAGCGAUCAAUCGUUUUCGGAUAAUUUGAAUCAAAUUCCUGAUUACACAAAACCAACGACCAAGAGUGUGCCCAAAGAUCAACGCAUCCCAUUCACACAGACCGAAGCAAACAGCUUAUGGAAUAAGUAUCCAUCGACAAGUGAAUUAUACCCGGUGACCUUUACAACUGAACGGCCAACGUACAGUCAAACAACGCCACCACAUUCACUGACCACGAGUCCAAAUCGAUCGCCGUUCGGAACGCAUCAAGUGAAAUUACAAAUUCCACCUGUUGCACCAAACUUAGUCAAUGAUAUGUAUGUGCCGUUGAAUCACACUCAAACGCACAAACCGAUUUUGGCACACGGCCCAGGUUAUGUCAAUCGCAAUCCAAAUAAUAAACCUGUUUUCUAUGGACAUCAAUCAGUCGAUCCAAGACCAUCGAAGUUUGGAACUCCGCAUCAUAUUACACUGCAAAAUCCUCCAGUUCCACCACACUUUGCUGGGCCAUUGUACACGGAUGCACAUCGACCACCACCAAUUCCGCCACCACAUCACUCGCGACGACCGGUUUCAAUCAAUCAAAAACCAUUCUCAAGAUAUCCAGUGCAUUACAACAAGCCAAUCCCAACGAAUUAUUCGGUGCAUCAAGGCGAACCAAUCAAACCAAAUUGGCAUUCGAGCAAACCAUUCGAUGCCAACCACUUUGGACCCAAUGCACCGCUUACAACCACAAGACAUCCAACGACUUCACAAGAUCAAACACCACAAACGAGCGAAGUGAAUACGCACAGCACACAUCGACCAUUUGUUCCAUCGAAUAAUCAACCAGAUGCCGAUUCAAAGAUCACCCACUACACCGAUCCAUCAACGAAUAUUACACAUUCCAUACAAGAAUCAUCAGACAUUUUCGAUUUCACACGCGGCAAACCAUUCGUUUACCCACCACAGCGACCAGUAACGCAGGAGCAGACAUCGCAUUUGAAUAUCGGCGAAGAGAAGCGGCCAGUGUCGAAUGUAAAACACACAAAGACCAACGAAACACAGUCGAAUGUGGAAAUUGCACAGGCCGACAUAUUUGAUUACAAGGAGAGCAUAAAUCCACACAAUUUGGCUGCGAUUACCGAAAAUCCAAAUCAAAUUAUGACCACGGACAAUUUGCCGGGCAUUACGAACACUGCCUUUAUUCCGUUUGGCGAAAAGACAAAAGUUCCAAUGCCAGUCAUUGAACAAGUAUAUCCAAAAACACCGGCCACUGAAAUGCAACCGCCACCAACUUAUGCUACAAACUAUAAGCCGUAUAUUCAAAAGCAUGUGCCAGCCAUUUCACCGUCACCGCAUCACCAAAAUGUGUUGAUUGAAGAGGUGAUGGGAUUGUCACCGCCCCCAAUUCCGAAAAUCAAGAAACAACCAUCCGAAAUGCAUGGCAACUACGGUAAAGUGGCGAUUUCACACGGCAAUUUGCAUCCGGUGCACAAACCAAAUGCAGGUCAUUUCUCCAUUACCGCUCCAACGCACUAUCCAGAAACGUCAUACGUUACAACGCAUCACGAUAGUUAUGUGGAAAGUGGCACAGAAAUGGGUGCCAUUGGUGAGCCACAAAUCGUAACGAGCACUGAAGAUCCAGAGGUGGCCGAUAGCGAUCCAAAUGAUAGUGUACGAAUUCCAUAUCAUAAUGUGGAUCGUGAGAAACCGGUUACAAAGGUACCGUCUCGAAUACCAGACAUUACGACUACCAAAGGUGACGAUGUGAUCGAUUUGGAUGAUUAUGUUCGGUAUAGCAUUGAUUCGAAACCAGAAUUGCCGAAAAUCACAACGCGAAAACCAUUCAAACCAACAUCGAAUGGUCACAUGCCACAGUCACCGCAAUUCGAUGAAAAUGUUUUGGUGCAGCAGCCAUCACAGCAUCACAUCUUUGAAGAAACAAUGAGCACAACAUCAAGAGGCACACCAUCAACCACAAUGGCCACCGACAAUUUCAUCCAGCCAACGGCAACUCUUAAGGUUCAAACGGUUAAGGCUACUCGACACACGGUUCACGAUACAAAAGUGUUAACGGUAACAACCACCAAGACAACCGUUCGAUCACAGGGCAUCACAUCAACAAUUUUACUCACAUUGACCAGAACGAAAACAUCAACAUUCGUUGACACUAUCACGCACACACUGGUCAAACCGACCCGGGUUAGUCACGAGCCAACGAUUAAACCAACCAUCUUCACUGCACCAAUUACAAUGCAAAAGGUUUCCGGAUCGUCGGCAUCAAUCGUACCGAAUCCAUCGUUCUCGAUUUAUGCCAUUGGAUCACCGCACGAUGAAAGCGAACAUGAGCACGACAGUUCGAAUGUGUCCAGCGAAGAUCAGUCAUUCGAAUUGGAAGACAUUCAUGAUAUUGAGCAUAUGAUUGCGCCAACACCAAGAAUCCCCGAACCAUCGAUCACAAAACAUGUUGGUAGUAACUCGGCGGCGGCCAACGCCACCAACGAUAGCAUUUUCGUUGUGAUGACCGAUCGCAAGAAACUCGGAACGAUCAAUAUUAACGCUGAUCUACUGCAUACGUUGAGCACGAAUUUACAAAAUGCAACCACUAAAAUGCAUCAUGAUGAAAAGACGAGCGGCACACAGAAGAAGGCCCAGGCUACAAUUGGAGCCAUUGACGAUGUUUCCACCGAUGAUGAUGAUUUCUUCGACGAUUUACCCAAACGAGAUGAAGAUGAUAACCGAAAUGAUGUUAGCCAUGUACUGCUUGGCGGCAUUCUGAUUGCAACUCCACCACGCUCAUCGGAAGUGUCGAAGAAAAAUGGUGCUAAACUGCCGAAAACAACCACACACAAUUAUGAUAUCAAUCUGGCCGAUGAAAUUGACGAACACAUUGAGAGCCAAGGUGCAGCGAUCAUCGAAGAAACACGAACAUCACAUGAUAAGAGCCGAGUCACCACACAGCCUGAAUGCCAACCGGACUGCAAGGCGGUUAACAAUGAAAUUUGCCAGAUUACCGGCGAUUUGGCCAGGUGCAUUUGUCGACCUGGUUUCGCCCGAAUGUUCCUCGAUCGACCAUGCAAACCUACGUACACAUACACGUUGCAUUUGGCCGUUUCUCAGCUGCAGAGUCAAUCAUUGAAAUACGAAGAUGCAUUGCGCAAUCCAUCGUCACCAAAAUAUUCGCACUUGAUGCAAGUUGUACACGACGCCAUCGAUCGCAUGGUAAUGCAAUCCGAACUACGUGACAUAUAUCAUGGCGUUCAUGUGGCUGGCUUCAACAAUAUCACUCGAUCGAACAGCACACAGGCAUCGUCGAAAGUAUCGAUCGGACCGAUGUCAUUGCCAAUGAAAGGCAUCGAAACCGAAUUCCAUCUGCAAUUGUCCGAUAAUUCAAAGAACGAAGAGCAAAUUAUGGACGUGUUCAAGAAGUAUUUGCAAAAGAAUAACUUCAAUUUGGGCGGCACCAACUUGUAUUCAUCACAGUCGCUCAUUGAACAUCUACGUGCUAAUGAUUUCGACGAAUGUAUGAAUGCGAAAUACCAUGAUUGCUCAGAGAAUGCAUACUGCUUCAAUUUGCGUGGCACCUAUACUUGUUCCUGCAAAGAAGGUUUUGUCGACAUGUCAGAGAAUCCAUUGUAUCCGGGUCGAGUGUGUUCAGCCGAAAUGAUGGGCUGUAAUCAAUGCAAUUAUCACGGAAGCUGCAUUGAGCAUAUCGAUGAAGAUAGCGAAGUGCAAGAAAUGCUUUGCGAUUGCUUCCAAUGGUAUGCAGGCGAAAGGUGUCAAUACAAUUUGAAAGUGUUGCUUGUUGGUCUAAUCGCAUUGGGCGGUAUUAUGUUUGCAUUGCUGUUGAUUUGUAUCAUAUUAACAUGCUGGAAACACAACCGUCCAAGUAGUGGCCGACGACGAACCGUCGUACCUGGCAUCGAUAUACUGCCACACAAGACUCUGACUGUGCACGGAAGUGGCAGUAAAACAGGAACACUGCAAGAUAGACGCGCAAUGAUCGAGGAUACCAGCAGCGAAACGAGUGAAGAUUCGUUGCAGUUGCCAUAUGUCACGAAGAAGCAACAUCAGCAAAAUGCUUCAUCGAAAAAUUCGAAAAAGGUUGUUAGCAAGCCGACAUCUGCACCUCCGAAGGGUGUUGCCCCAUCACCACCAAAAGGUAACAAUAACACAGCAACGAUGGAUCAAAAUCAAUCAUUGCCGGUGAUGAUUCCGCGCGCAAAAUACUAUUCGCAACAAACGACACCAGCUCCACCAGAUCCACAGCAACAACAUCAACAUCAAGAUCGUCGUGGGAUGCAAACGGGUGUAGCAACGGCAACUCAAGGGCAAGCAACGAUGUUCACAACAACCGAUUCGAUUGGUUCAACUGCGGAGGCGAAAUUGUUAAGCUACUUAGAUGCUAGUCCAUCAACGUCGAAGAAUUUUGUAAAGAAGAAGGCGAGUACGCAUAAUAGCAAGAGUCAUUUAAAUGAUGACAGUUUAAAUCAUCAUUAUCCAUAUCAUUCGGGUGAAACAGGCGCGUUAGUAUCAGCUGGAUUUGAGGUAUCUGCCACUGUAGUUCAUGACAGUUUGACUAUUGUUCCGAAUUCAAAUGGUUUGGAUGCCGCCAGCAGUGUAUCGACCAACAAAAAAACCACCGAUCACCUGGUCGACUGGUUGACGCAUGUGCCAGAGCAUGAACUAAUAAUAUCGGAGGCACGUUCAUAUGGCGAAACAUUGGUGCAUCCACAAACGAAAACGUUGAUCCAAUCGCCGCAUUAUCGAAGUCAAAAUACCAGCGUGUACGAUAAGCCAUUGUCAACGAUCAUGAUGGAUGAUGCUGAUACGAUGGCUGAACGUGAUUUGGGCUCAACAUUCCUACUGCCACACACGCAUCUAUACAAACCGGAUAGAGCGAGCGACAUAUCCGGAUUCGAUUCGCUAUAAUGAACGCUGCUCGUCGCACAGUGGGCCCCAAUUUGUUAUGAGCUUGAGAAUUAUUUAUUUUUGUUUUUAAAGUAAUUGUUUCAUUCUGCAAAAGAAAAACAACACACACUAUUUAAGCAAUGCAAAUUUUACAUGCGUUUCCGUUUUGAAAUCGUUUUUCGAACAUUUUUUUUUUCUCUGUGUGUGUAAAUGACAAUGCUAUUUUUAUUGACUAUUUUUAUACUUUUGUAAAUUAUAUUACGAAAAUGAACAAUGCAGCCAUAUAGAAGAAUAAAAACUCUGUAAUAUUGUAGUGUUAUCAAUGGACGUGAACGUUAAAAGUGUAAAACAGAAAAGAUGAACAAUCGAAAGAAAAACCCGCUCCCGUUUGUUCAAUGUAGAGAAACAGGAAGAGAAAAUCAAUCGAUUUGCGAAAACAGCAAAUCGAGAUGUCGUGAGGAAAAGACCCAACCGAAUUUCAAACCAAUCGAAAAACAUAAAAUAUUGGCAAACAUUUUCUACAAUAGAAUCCAAUACAAGGCACAUCAUAAAGGUCUACCUCAUUCAAUAAAUCCAUUGUAACUAGCUUAAAACUGGUUUUUCAUAUGUCAAUGUGAAAAAUUGAGACGAUUUUGAACGAGAAAAACAAUUCAUUUUUUUUUUGUUGUGAAAUUUAAUUAGUAGCGAUUUCGAUAAUGGUGUGGUGAUGCAAAUAGUCAGUUUUAAUUUUUUUUCAAUUUUUUUUUAAUUUUUUUUUUUUUUUUUUUUGUACGAACGAAAGUGGAAUAAAGUAGAUUUUAAGUGUCAAACAGAAAUGAAAUUCGUUUCUGCUUUGUCGUCAAAUGGAAAAACGCAAUCAAUGAACGUGAACAUAAUGAUAUUUUAAAUGGAAAAUAUGACGUUUUAAUGGUUACGCAGAAAAAAAAAAAAAGAAACAGAAAAACAAUUGAAUUAGUGCCAAAAAUGUUUGAAAAACAGAAAUAUCGACGAUGAUAACACAAAAUGACGAUCAUUUUUUUUUAAUUUAUGAAUAAAGCGAGAAAAAUGCAGAGAAAAAAAAUGAAAACGGACACACAUAUAUAAUGUACUACUAUGACGGUGGGUUGACAUUUAUUCCGAGACGACAAUAUUAUGUUCUAGUUUGAUUUUAAGACAGAUAAAAAAAAAUAAACGUUGAAAUUAAAAAUAACAUUACAAUAUGCUUUCCAAUCGCAACAAAAAACGAACAAAUAGAAGAGAAAACACACAAACAUUUCGAGUGUGUUUUAUCAUCAAAUGAAUUGAAUUCAAAUUGGAAACAAAAUAAAAUCUUUCAAAAAAUAUACACCUUUCAAAUUCUAUUUAACAUUAUGUAAUAAUUUAAUCUAACUUUAAAUGACAACAAAAUCAAAAACAAAUCGAAAAGAUGAGAAAAAAACAAACAAUUAUUAUCUACAUUCAUUGAUUUAUAUUUUGCUUUUAAAUAUAAAAGAAAUCAACAAAACCUAUUGUGUAUUGUAAAACAUAAAGUUUAAAUAUAUCUAUAAAUAAAACUUA